CUGGUGGAGUCAUCUCUGAGGGACAGGGUGGCUGAUUGAUACUUCCUGAAGACGUUCCCUUUGCAUCUGCCCAGGCUCUCACCAUGCCCACCUUCUUUCCUGAAUUGGAUUUAGAAAACUUUGAAUAUGAUAACUCUGCUGAAGCCUGUUACGUGGGAGAUAUCGUGGCCUUUGGGACCAUCUUCCUGUCCAUCUUCUACUCCCUGGUCUUUGCCUUUGGCCUGGUGGGAAAUCUGCUGGUGGUGCUUGCCCUCACCAACAGCCGGAAGCCCAAGAGCAUCACUGACAUCUACCUCCUGAAUCUGGCCUUGAGUGAUCUGCUGUUUGUAGCCACCUUACCCUUCUGGACUCACUAUGUGAUCAGCGAGGAAGGCCUCCACCAUGCUGUGUGCAAGCUCACCACCGCCUUCUUCUUCAUCGGCUUCUUUGGUGGUAUAUUCUUCAUCACCGUCAUCAGCAUUGAUAGAUACCUGGCCAUCGUCCUGGCCGCCAACUCCAUGAACAACCGAACCGUGCAGCAUGGCGUCACCAUCAGCCUGGGUGUCUGGGCAGCAGCCAUCUUGGUGGCAGCACCCCAGUUCAUGUUCACAAAGCGAAAGGAGAACGAAUGUCUGGGUGACUACCCUGAGGUCCUCCAGGAAAUCUGGCCUGUGCUUCGCAACACAGAAGCAAAUGUCCUUGGCUUCGUGCUACCCCUGCUUAUCAUGAGCUUCUGUUACUUCAGAAUCAUCCAGACUCUGUUUUCCUGUAAGAAUCAAAAGAAGGCCAAAGCCAUCAGACUCAUCCUCCUGGUGGUCAUCAUGUUCUUCCUCUUCUGGACACCCUACAACGUCAUGAUUUUCCUGGAGACUCUCAAAUUCUACAACUUCUUUCCCAGCUGCGACACGAAGAGGGACCUGAGGUUGGCCCUCAGUGUGACCGAGACAGUGGCGUUCAGCCACUGUUGCCUCAACCCCCUUAUCUAUGCCUUUGCUGGGCAGAAGUUCAGAAGGUACCUCAGCUACCUGUACAGGAAAUGCCUGUCUGUCCUAUGCGGUCGUCCCGUCCACGUCACUUUUUCCCCAUCGGAAUCACAGAGAAGCAGACAGGGAAGCAUUCUGAGCAGCUUUACUCACUACACAAGUGAGGGAGAGGGGUCCCUCCUACUCUGAAGGGGUCCCCACAGCCUUGUAUCUACUAAGAACCCAGAGUUCCUGAGUCUGACACCAUGUAAUGAGGACAGGAUUAUUUUUGCUUUGUUUCUUACAUGCAAGAAGUCUGGAUCCAAUGCCCACAAGACAUCCCUACAAUGUUUUUGAGAGAGUUAUGCUCAAUAUUUGACUCAUAAAAGAUACAUGCAUCUCUUACUUUAAAUGUCAAGACUCUGGGGGCUUACAAAUAACAAAGAUUCAAACCAGGUUAGUGUAAUUAGAAGGGGGACUGUUCACAUGGUGGUGUGGGUAAGGGAGUGACUGAACCCUCAGAUUGAGAGGAAACCAGGGCUUGAAUCUAGCUACAAUGUACCUUCUACAACCCUCCCAUCUUUGAGUGAUGAUAGAUCCCUCAGGCUUACAUUCUACAGCUUUAGUGGCCAAGACAGACUGAACCUCACUGCUUUCUGAUCUCAAGGUCAACAUUCCCUGGGAAGGGUUCUGACUGGCCAAGUUUGUAUCAGGAGCCAUUCCUGGAUCAAGUGGUUAGUAGUGAAGGGGAAGGGAUAGCAAAGAUGGAUGUUUCUGUUCCAACCUCAAAGUUGGAGGUUGAGGGAGACAUUUUUCUAAGAAGUUGGAGGGAUAGGAGCUAUUCUGAUCAGACAGAACAAGACUUGCUCACCGGUCUUAUCAUGGGGCUGACUCAGCCUAGCCCCUUAUCAACCAUCCAACACCCACUGCCAACCUCUUCUCUGGCAUGUCCCCGGACCUACAAAGGCCCCCACUGCAGCAAGUGAAAACUCAAGGGCUUGGCCUCUGAGACCAGGUAGACGACGCGGUCCUAUCAACAGACUCCCAUUCUCUCCUCCAUCCCAAAGGAAUCCACCCACCCUCUCAGCCCUGUUCCUUCCAUUUCACCUCACAUAUCUCCCUCCACUUCUCUCAGCCCAGGGAGGAAAAUAGAAAGAUCCCUGCCCCAAAGUGAAAAGAUAGAUUCAUAUCCCAGCUCUGUCACUUGCCCCCAGUGGGUACACUGGAACCAAAUGAGUAAGUUUCAGUUCCUUCAACGGAUAGAAAGGAGAUAAGGUACCCUCAUCUUUUCUAGCAAGACAAAUCAGCUACCGACUCUUGUCCUCUUGUCUGGGUUCCAGAAUUCAGGUUUCUCUCUGUACCUGGCACCAUUGCCCAGGCUUGGAGCGAUGUUGCAAAUGGGGUUGGCAGGGGCCAGCAGGCUCUGCUGCAGGAGUAGCUCAACUAAAGGAGGCUGGUUCCCACAGCUACAAUCAACAAACACUUAGACCUACAAGCCCGUAACCUUCCCUGACCCAGUACUCUCAAGCUGCCUUGGAAAUCCCUCAUGAGCACAUCAAGGCAAACCUGGCCCACCUUGAAAAAUGUCCUCCUCACUCUCGCCCCCUGCCAGGCUAUAGGAGCAGCUUUCUUUUUUUCAGAAAACAUUCAGAAUGCACCAAGACUUUAAAGCUUGAGGAAUAACUAUAAUGAUGUUAAAAGGAGCAUCAUUUACGAGCUAACCAUGGGAACGUUUUCAUGCCUGCAUUCACCCAUCCAGCUUUGUUCAAGCUCUUAAUGUUUAGAAUUCCAGUCAUAGCGUAGUUGUGUAAUAUUAGAUUCCAAAUAGCUCUCUAUUUCUGUGUAGCUUUGUAAUUACCAUUUUAGAAGACACUCCCAGAUGGUGCCCUCAUUGAGGCAGAUGUAGAGUGUGGCUCAUCACCAAGUUUCUGAUAGCUCCUUGGUGGUCUGUAUGUUGUUUCAAGAAUGACUGAGUCAUUUUUCCUGACAGGAGUGUCCAACCUUUUGGCACUGCUACACCAUGAUGUCUCUGACAAAGGUCACUCUCAGGAACCUUGUGCAUUAGAGUUACAAAAAUAAUUGCAAAAAUAUCUCAGGUUUUAAGUAAAUUUAUGACUUUGUGUUGGUCCACAUUCAUAGCAAUCCUGGGUCAUGUGGUUGGAUAAGUUUGCAUCCUGUGCAGUUCACUGCUAUUCUGUUAAUAAACAUAGAACUUUCUAUAUUCAGCAAACA